GGAGUCCUCCAUUGCUGUUCUGAGUGCGUUUCCCGUCGGCCGGAUAUAACGACUGAAAAAAAAAAAAAAGCGAAAGAAACGAGAAAAAAAAGAUAAAGAACAAAAUUUUAGCCAUCAGUUCGGUUAUUUUUCUUCAUUUCAUUUGUUAAGUAAAUAGAAAAAUAUAAUAAAACACUGAUAUUAAUAUCAAUACAGUUAAUAUCGAUGUUAGUAAUACCGUUUUAGCAACGACGUAUUACACGAUUUUUAUUUGCCGUUCAAGCGCUUUCGCCGACGUUUGACGAUUGAUAUCGAAGAAGAAAAAAAGCCGACGGAUUUUUCACGUCUAUCGGUUUGUAGUAUCGUCGAUAUUAAAUAAUAUUGUCAAUUGCUGAGCUGCUUUGAGAGGACGUAUCGAACUUCUUGGGAGAUAUUUUCAUCUGAUUGUCGUCAGAAGAGGGAGUUUCCUUGGAAUUAUCAUUUUUCGGUGGAUUUAAAGUGGUAAACUUGAUUCGGAGUCCUACCUGAUCAGCCCCCUUGACGCCCCACCUCAGCUUUCCGAGAAAGAACAACCCGUGGGUUUUCAGUAGGAGAAUAACUAUUGUAAAGCCAAAAUGGCUGAUCAACUGACAGAAGAACAAAUUGCCGAGUUCAAAGAAGCAUUUUCGCUCUUUGAUAAAGACGGUGAUGGCACCAUCACAACCAAAGAGUUGGGAACUGUGAUGCGUUCACUUGGUCAAAAUCCAACAGAGGCUGAGUUGCAGGAUAUGAUUAAUGAAGUAGAUGCUGAUGGCAAUGGAACCAUCGAUUUCCCUGAAUUCCUGACAAUGAUGGCACGCAAAAUGAAGGAUACCGACAGUGAGGAGGAAAUCAGAGAGGCAUUCAGGGUGUUCGAUAAAGAUGGCAAUGGUUUUAUAUCAGCAGCAGAGCUCAGACACGUUAUGACAAAUUUGGGGGAGAAACUUACCGAUGAGGAGGUAGAUGAGAUGAUUCGAGAGGCUGAUAUCGAUGGAGAUGGCCAAGUUAAUUAUGAAGAAUUUGUCACAAUGAUGACAUCAAAGUGAAUACAACCUGUGUGCUGGGAAAACUCGCGACUUGGAGUGGUGUUGACGUACUAAAAAAAAUUCAAAUAAACAACACAAAAAGUGAAUUUACGAAAUCAACCUUGUACCAGGAUGUAAAGAAGUCUAAAAAAAAAAAGGAAACAAAAAAAAAAUAAUUGAGAGCCCUUAUUACUUAUCAAGAGGACAGCAGACCUGGUGAUAUUUAAUUAUUUGUUUUAUUUCCUUUUUUCAAUUGAAAAA